GCCAGCCUUGAUACCCCAUAUGUACCUAUGUACCGCAAAAUGGUUAACGAGGAAAGAAGCUCAAUGGCAAAAUGUUCUCCACUAGUUCUAGAACCCCUAGAACCCGAAGUAAAAGCGAAGCCUUCUGAAGCAAGUCAACGAUUGACGGGACAUAAUCGAACAAAGGACAAAAUCGAAGGAGAAAGUGACGAGACAUCCAGAAGAACUCGUCAACAAAUAAGCAAACUCACGGAAAUGCAACGAGCUAUACUCAUUAAAACAUUCGCUAAGCUGGAAAACAAUCCGGUGAAGAAUGCUCUCAAAAUUCUCCUCAAACUUUUUGCCGAACAUCCAAACUACAAACAAGUAUGGCCACAAUUUCGAGCUAUACCAGACUCUUCCCUGAUGAACGCUAUCGAGCUCAGAAGACAUGCUUCGGUCUACAUGUGUGGUUUGGGCGCAAUUAUUCAUUCGAUGAAUCGAGAAAAGGACCUCGCCAUUCAGAUGAACAGAAUCGCCAAGGCACACAUCAAAUGGAAAGUGCAUCGAGCUCAUGUUGUGCACAUGCUGGAACCAGUACUAGAGGUGGUGAAGGAAUGCAACAAAGAUUUCGAUGAAGAAGCCAAGCAAGCAUGGACUACGCUGUACUACAUAAUCGCUGAACUCAUCGAAAUUUAUCGGCAUAAGAAAUAG